AGGGUUGAGAGGCAGAGGAAUCUUUAUGGAAGAUGCAACCGGAGAAGAAGACGAAGAAGAACACCACCACCACCACCACCACCACCACCACCUUUCAAUUGAGAAUUCUCACUCUCCUUGAAUAUCCAAUUAUUCAUAAUUAUUAAUUAUGGGUAAAGGACCAUUCUCCUUUCGCCGCUCAUCCUCCCGCCGCCGCUCUAAGAAGGCCACGCUGCCGCCACAAUCGCCGCCGCUCCAUGCGACCGAAAUUUCCGGCUCGCCGGUCGAUAACCGCUUGGUCCUCGGCGGCGGUAGCAGCGGUACGGUAACGAAGGCGAAGAAGAAAACCGGCGGUGCCAGGCUGUGGAUGCGGUUGGACCGGGCGGGGAAGUCGGAGCUCGUGGAGUGGGAUAAGAACGCGAUCAUCCGCCAUGCGUCGAUUCCCGCCAGAGACUUGAGGAUUUUGGGCCCUGUCUUCUCUCAUUCCUCCAAUAUCCUCGCGAGGGAGAAAGCGAUGGUGGUUAAUUUGGAGUUUAUAAAGGCUAUUGUAACUGCUGAAGAAGUGCUUUUGCUUGAUCCUCUUCGCCAGGAGGUUCUUCCGUUUGUUGAGCAGCUCAGGCAACAGCUUCCGCAUAAAAAUCAGCCUAAACAGCUUCUAGGGCCUGCAGAUGAACAGGAGAGUGAAAUGCAGGUUUCUACUGGCAGACAAUGGUUACCUGUGCCGGAGGCUGCGGAAGGUUUGCAGUCAGAGCUUCCGUUUGAGUUUCAAGUUCUGGAGAUUGCUUUGGAAGUUGUCUGCACGUAUCUGGACUCGAAUGUGGCAGACCUUGAGAGAGGUGCUUACCCUGUUUUAGAUGAAUUGGCUAGGAAUGUUAGCACCAAGAAUCUCGAACAUGUGCGGAGUUUGAAGAGCAAUCUUACUCGUUUGCUCGCACGUGUGCAAAAGGUGAGAGAUGAAAUUGAACAUCUAUUAGAUGACAAUGAGGACAUGGCACAACUAUAUUUGACUAGGAAGUGGUUGCAGAAUCAACAAUUUGAGGCUAAUUUGGGAGCAACAACCUCAUAUAACCUUCCAAAUAAUGCACAUGUUCGCCGAGUUGGUUCUACCAAAAGUGGAAGCCUUGUGACCAGCAACUAUGAGGAUGAUAACGAUGUGGAGGACUUGGAGAUGUUGCUUGAAGCGUAUUUUAUGCAGUUGGAUGGAACUCGUAACAAGAUAUUGUCGGUUAGAGAAUACAUCGAUGACACCGAAGACUAUGUCAACAUCCAACUUGAUAACCAUAGAAAUGAACUUAUUCAGCUGCAGUUGACAUUGACUAUUGCAUCCUUUGCUAUUGCUGUUGAAACUUUGAUAGCCGGUGCAUUUGGUAUGAAUAUUCCUUGCCAUUUAUAUAACACUCAAGGAAUAUUCUGGCCUUUUGUGGGGAUCAUUUCUGCAGCUUGCGUAUUGCUUUUCCUGCUUGUCUUAGCAUAUGCUAAAUGGAAAAAGUUGCUGGGAUCGUAAGUAUUGCCUGGUCAUCAGUGAUCCGAAGAACAGAUCCGAACAAGUCCCUGAAAAGAAGGGACUUUGAAGGUUGUAUCUCAAUUUCUCACAAUUUAUUAAGCUGAUGUCUAGGAUGUUGAAUAUUGCUUUUGACAUGGUGUACUUUAUAGCUGACACUAUUCACACAGGCAUUUUUCAUUAAGCAGAUGUAUGUAGUGUCAAAUAAAUCUUCACACACACAUAAUUAUAGGCUUGAUCAGCUUAUAUGUGCAUGGCAAUUGCAUAAGGAACAUUUUGGUGGGUAUAAUUUGUGAGCAGCCAACCACAUCACAAGAAAGUUCACUUUGAACACAAGCAAUUUUAGAGAGAUAUAUAUAGAGUAUAAGAUGUGAGAAGACUUUGGUAGGUUUGGUUUUCAUUUUCAUUUUUUAUUUUUCAGUUUUAAUAAUAAAAAUGUCAUCUUACUUUCA